UGAUGAUACAUUUUACACAGAUGAGAAGAUACGGACAGUCUGCGAAAAUGUCGACAGCUGUGGAAGUCGAGGGAGAGAUAACGAGAUGAAGAUUCACAUGAUCUCAAAUUCAGUAGUCCUCUAUAGCUGUGAUUCUUUCCUGAAUUGGUGGUGGAUGCUUUAACUGACCACACAAUAUGGACGAAACGUUGAAGAAGAGGUCAGUCCCGCUUCAAGAUGUCACAUCGGAGUCUGAUGCUGAAGAGAGAAGAGCUAUCAGUUCCUCCAAGCAUAGUGAUCAGGAGCAAAGUGUUUGCUGCCAGUUCAUGAUGAAGAGAUAUGUGGUGGCAGUUAUGGCAUUUCUGGGAUUCUUCAAUGUGUACGCCCUGAGAGUGAACUUGAGCAUAGCUGUGGUCGCCAUGUUAUCAAACAGGACGGAGGUGGUUAACGGGACUGUUGUCCAGAUUGAACCCGAGUUUUCCUGGGAUUCCAGACUUGUUGGUCUAAUACUUGGCUCAUUCUUCUAUGGUUACAUCUUCACUCAGAUUCCUGGGGGUAUUCUUGCCAGUAAGUUUGGAGGAAGAAAUCUUUUUGGUGGAGGCAUAUUUGUCACUGCGGUACUGACUUUGUUGACGCCAUUAUGUGUGCGUGGCAGCGUGUACUUGUUCAUCGUGGUCAGGAUUCUGGAGGGGAUAUUUGAGGGUGUGACCUACCCCUCCAUACAUGCUAUAUGGGCUAAGUGGGCACCUCCAUUGGAGAGAAGUAAACUGGCUACCAUUGCCUUCUCAGGCUCCUACAUGGGUACAGUGGUCUCCAUGCCUCUCUCUGGACUGAUGGCAGCCUAUUUGGGAUGGCCCUCACUUUUUUACUUCUUUGGUGCUCUGGCAAUCCUCUGGUGCAUCCUGUGGUUCUUGCUGAUAAGUGACAGUCCCUCAGAACACCCCACCAUAUCCCAGGAGGAGCUGGAGUAUAUACAGUACAGUAUGGGAUACACUGACAAACAGACACAGAAUCUGCAUCCGCCAUGGCUGAAGAUGGCGACCUCUGUCCCAGUAUGGGCCAUCAUCUGCGCACACUUUGCUGAGAACUGGGGAUUUUACACUCUCCUCACAUCCCUGCCCACAUUUCUGCAUGAUGUUUUCUCGUACAGAGUUGCCAAGACUGGCUUUGUGGCAGCACUGCCGUAUCUUGUCAUGGGAAUAGUUGUGCAAGUCGGUGGCCAUAUUGCAGACUUUUUACGGCGGUCAAAAAAACUUACUACUACAAAUGUUAGGAAACUUUUCACUUGUGGGGCUUAUGUGUUCCAAACAGUCUUCAUGAUAACUGCCGCAUAUCUGAUGACUCCUGCUGCAGCCAUUACUGCCAUCACCAUAGCAGUGGGCUUUGGGGGCUUAACCUGGGCGGGGUUUAGUGUCAAUCACUUGGAUAUUGCACCACAGUAUGCCAGUAUUUUGAUGGGUGUGUCCAAUACCUUUGCCACACUUCCUGGUAUUAUAAGUCCUGGAUUGACUGGAGCCAUUGUACAGCAUAAGCUGGCUUCUGAAUGGCGGAUAGUGUUCUACAUAAGUGCUGCCAUCUAUCUACUUGGGGCUGUGGUGUUUGGGCUAUGUGCUUCUGGGGAGAGACAAGACUGGGCUCAGAUGCCAAUGGGGUACAUGCCUCAUCUGGACCCUGAUGAGGAAACAGAAGCAGAGGAGGAGCAAUAGUCAAAAUAAAUGCCUGUAAUUUAUUGAAAUAGUCAGUUUUAGUUUUUAUUAAUGUCAGUCUGUGUAAAUGGAAUUAAUGUCUGCUCAUUUAGUGUCAGUCGCUUAAUAAGGUACCAGUACAACAGACUGUAGCAAAGGGUUAGAUCCUAUAUCUACUUGCUUGGCUGAAAACGCUGAACCAUGUUUCUCUGGAAUGGCUUCCCAGCUUUAAAAAAGGUGCAGUUACCAUGGCAACCUGCCUGGAACUGUUGCUUGCAUCAAAUAAAAAUUAUCAUUUUACCAAUAAAAAGACACUAACAUUCCUAUUGGGGCCUGUUUUACAGAAGAAAUUUAACUGGCGAUAAAUCAGUGAUAGACCCAUUAAAUGGGAUAGUGUGCCUGUUUGAAGUAAGAAAAAUGUGGCUGAUGCUUCAAAUAUUUAUUUUUUACCAUAUAUAAUUAUACAUAUAUUAUAGAUUUAUUCAUAUUCAGAUAUUACUUACAUUAUAUAUGUGGACUACUGCAUACAUAUCUUGAACUGAAAUAGACUACAGUUUUGGUAUAAAUAAUAUCAGUGUAGGCUAAUUUUCGGACAUAGGUUGUUGUGUAAAAUGGUCUUCAAGCUUGGUUACUAAUCUCUCAGAUGUGUAGGAAUGGGAAUAGUUCAAUCCUUUGUUGACAUACAGUGUUAAGAAUCUGGAAUACUUGUUGUUAUCAUUGUUUAUUUAUUUAAUGGUGCAGCUGGUUGUUGACAUGUGUUAGCAGUGAAAUUGUUGAGUAUAUGAAUAAAGAAUACUUGAAGCAGAUAUGAAGAAUUUUUAUGGAAGUGGGGAAAUUGUAGAACGUUCCAAGACAGAACAUUAUCACAAUAUUAUAUUUUUAUUGCUUAAAGUGUUAUUGUCUCUAUAGAAUUCCGCACAGUACUUAUUGUGAAUUCCUGGUCAUGAAAACAGACAAUUUACACAAAUUACUUUUACUUAAAGGAAUUCCCCUUUAUAUAUUUACUAAUAUUAAUAUAUUUUAUGAAAUGUAUUCAGAAAUAUUUUCUAAGUAUGUAUUUAUUUACAUCACACUUGCUCAAUAGGACAAAACAGCUGAAGAAAACGGCAGUUUUGAGGGUUAACGCGUUAGCCAUGACUUUUUACCACUAUAUCUUUAUUUUAUGAAUAAUUACGAACUUGUUAACUUAAUCCCCUCAAGAAAUCUCUGAUAAUGAUAUUUGUCCUGUGCAUUUGUGAAUUUUAAUCUUUUUUUAUCAGAAACUGGUAUUUAUAAACAUCUUCAGGUUUUUUGAAGAUAUUGCUUGCAAAAUUUUCCGAUUGAUAUUGUAACAGGUGUCUGUGGCAUUGUAUAACGGUGUUACAGGAAACAGACAUUAAUGAAUAUUGUAUCCAACUGUCAUGAUUAUAGUAUCAUAUUUUCAUGAAUUUAGUUGCAGAUGUUUUCAAGGAGGCUUUAGAAUUAAGACAGAAUACCUCUCUGGGAUGAAAUUGUGCAAUAGCCUUGUUGUAAUAAAUGUGCAAGUUGAAAAAAGUUAUUGAUAAGUCUGCUUUGUUUUAAAGGAAAAUGGUUAAUAUUCCAUUAAAUUAUGUGAAGUCGUUAUGGAAAUGGCAGCAUUGAAAUAUUACAGGAGUUACAUCAAAGAAGGUUCUUUAAAAUAGUCUGUUAAGGAAACAAGGAGAUAACCAGCUUGAAAGUUUCUCACAACACAAGGAACUAGAUGUAGACUAUAAGAUUAAGUGUUUAUUAUGACAAUCAGAUAUUUUGUAAAAUUGAAGGUUUCAACACGUAACAGAUAUUUUACAUAAAAUACUUAAAACACUCAUCAAUGUUACCAGCAACCCUCCACCAUUAAAAUAGAUAUAAUAGGAGCAUGUAUUUAUAUGGACUUUUGUGGUAUUUAUCAUUUUGCCAAUGAUACACACAUAAUAAUUCAAAUGAUCAAGGGAUCACACUCUUGAAUAUCAUUAUAUUUUCAAAGGUACACUAAUAUGCAUACUGAUAUCACUCCUCUCAAUUAAACAUUUUUAAAAGUUAAGGUUGAUCUUGAGCACUCUUAACACAUCUCACACUCAUUUGGAGAUGACAUUUGUACUUCUCAAAAACAUUCAAUGGUUCUAAAAUGGCAAUUUAAAAAUGUCUUGCUGAAUUGUUUGCAAUGCCUCUUACUUAAUGGUGCUACCCAGCAAGUCACCAUGGAAACUUUAUAAAUUUAAACUUAUAU